AUGACUGCUGCCAAUCAGACGUUCAGCAGGGAAUCCCUGGCACCCUUCCCCUCUAAGCCACGAGUCUUCAUCCUCACAGACAUCACCAAUGAGCCGGACGAUGCCGAAUCCUUCUGCCGUUACCUAACGUACUCGAACCAGUUCCAGACCGAAGGAGUUGUAGCUACAACGUCAACAUGGCUAAGGAACAAGGUAGCACCCGAGAACGUGCUUCAGAUCGUCGAGGCAUACGCCAAGGUGGUAGACAACCUCAAUGCUCACACCAACCCCGACUCACCCUACCCAACUGCCGAGUAUAUGAAGAGCAUCGUUCUUCCUGGAGCGCCUGUAUACGGCAUGGCUGCAGUCGGAGACCACAUCCCUCUCAGCCCCGGAGGCGAACUCCUCCUAGAGCGCCUCGCCUCGAGCCCGGAACCACUAUGGGUUCUUCUGUGGGGUGGCUCCAACGUCCUCGCCCAGGUACUCUACAGGAUCCGCGGCCGUUCCAACGCGGCCGAGCUACGAUCAAGGCUCCGUGUGUACGCCAUAUCGGACCAGGACGACACGGGCGCCUGGAUCAGACAGCAGUGGCCCGAGAUAUUCUACAUCUGCUCCGUCCACGGAUGGAACCAGUACCCCAACGCCGCGUGGAUCGGUAUAUCGGCCCCGGGCCUGGCUGGGGCGGACGACUCCAAGAUCACGAAAGAGUGGGUCAAGCAGAAUGUCCAGCUGGGGCCCCUAGGUGCCGAGUACCCGGACUUCGAGUACAUCAUCGAGGGCGACACCCCGACGUUCCUGUACCUGAUACAGAACGGCCUCGGCGACCGGGAGCAUCCUUCUUGGGGGUCGUGGGGCGGGCGCUAUCUGCCCGUCAACGUCAGCGACAGCGGCCUUCCUCGUGGCCACCACGCCGACGUGGCUGACGAGGUGGUGGGCAGUGACGGUAAAAAGUACAGCUCCUGCCAGGCUACCAUUUGGCGAUGGCGGAACACUUUCCAAGACGACUUCGCGGCUCGCAUGCAGUGGACCCUCACGUCGGACUUUACAAGAGUCAACCAUCACCCCGUCGUGGCUGUCAACGGGGAUUUUGGCUGGGAACCUCUUCACAUCGAGGCUGAUGCUGGGUCUGUUGUCUCCCUCGACGCCUCGGCCACAUAUGACCCGGACGGUGACGCACUGUCGUACAAGUGGUUCCAGUACCGCGAGCCAAGCGCUAUACAGACAUAUCAUGCCUUUGAGGUGGUUGAGCUAGAUAUCAGGCCCGUGCAAAGUUCUGGCCAGGCCAAGGUCGAUGUGGCCAUCCCGCCUCCAGAGGUAUCGUGUAUUAUUGUAAGGGAGGGAACGCCUCUGGCCCGCGGGUCGCCGCUUCAUAUUAUUCUCGAGGUGAAAGACGAUGGGACGCCAGCCUUGACGUCGUACCGGAGAGUCAUUAUCCAUCCGAUCAGUAGGGGAUUCAAGGGAAACUAG